AAUAAUCUGGUUUCUUCAUGAUUUAUGUACAACAAUUUGAGAAACUUGAACUUGCAAAAUCGCCGGAAAAUGGCAUAAAAAGUACUGAAUAUCGUGGAAACUAAACAUCGGAAAUUAUGCUGUUAGCUGACAAUUUAUAAAGGAGCAUCAGGUUAAAGAAGUAAUAAUAUUCAUUGUGGAAAAUUACUACUCAUGAAACCAACAAAACACAUGCGUCUUAGAUGCGUUGGUUGUGGGAUAUAGUUCUGUGAUUUUAAAUGGCAAUACAGCAGCGUGUUUUGUGAGGAAGUUACUAUAUUAUCUUGAUUCAAGUGACGAUGUACAGUUCCCAGUUGAGCGAAGAUUAUGGUGGACAGUAUGCCCACCAGAAUACAACAUACCAAAGUCAAUUUGAUUUGAUGAACAUGGACAGUUGGAAAACACAAAAUGUCAACAAGUACGAGAGUUUUGCCGGCAACUCUGUUGGCAAUACACAGACAAAAAUCGCUUCGUUUGCUUCGGAAGAUAACCUUGGCGAGAACACUUACAGUUACGGUUAUGGCCACAAUUUGAAUGAUCGCUCAACAUUUUAUCAUGUAGGAAAAGAAGCUAUGUCAACACAAGAAUAUAAUUUACCAAAUAAAUGUAAGCAUCCUACGAAACUAUAUAAUCAUUUUACGUUGAAUCAGGAAAUGCCUUCCUGGACUAACCAAAGGCACGCAACUGCAAAUAGUACAAAUAUCGGCUGUCAGAGUUUCAUGAGCGAUUUGUGCGGAGAUGGCCAUGCGGGAAUAAUAAGUAAUCCUCAGGUUUUGACUAAUGUAGUUGCUGAUAUUCCAAAUCUAAACAUCGCUUCUGUGAACUCACUCAAUCCGUACGAAUAUUCAGGUCAUGAAUUCACACAAAACACUGUCAUUCGCUCUAUGCAAAGCUCUGCCAAUCGUUCGUUUGAAUAUUUCAAAAAUCAAAAACGUGCAGAAAAGAUUGCGCCACCUGUAGUAAAGGUCGAGGAAGGUUUUGAUCGACCAGUUCCUGCAAAACGUGCACACGGGUUAAAGUUUGGAAAAUCCUCGAAAACGAAUGAAGUUGUUAAAAAUAGCUGUUAUAACAACCCUUUCCAUGAUGAUAACCCAUUUACAAAUAACUGGAUUGUUCAGAAGAGCGAAUCGCAACGAAUCAUGGAAGAACAUUUAGCAUCUAUGAAUGAAGCGAAAAUUUGGCGUUCAACUCUCUAUCCUGACGUAGCAAACACUGUGAACAGUGAGAGCAAAAAAUCUACAGAAAAAGAACAACAGAUUUAUAAAUGUGAAUGGUCAAACUGCGGUAACGUUUUCAACGAACAAGACGAUUUAGUUCGACAUAUUGAAAAAGUUCAUAUUGAUCAUAGGAAAGCAGACGAUUCGUUUGUUUGUUAUUGGGAAAAUUGCGUUCGCAAACAGAAACCAUUUAACGCAAGAUAUAAGCUGGUCAUUCACAUGAGAGUUCAUAGCGGAGAAAGACCAAAUCGUUGCACGUUUUUGGGAUGCAAUAAAGCAUUUUCAAGAUUAGAAAAUUUGAAGAUACAUCUUCGUUCACACACCGGAGAGAAACCUUAUUUAUGUACAUAUCGUGGAUGUCCUAAAGCAUUUUCAAAUUCCUCUGAUCGAGCUAAACAUCAACGGACACACAUAGACACGAAACCUUACGCUUGUCAGUUUCCUGGUUGUCUUAAAAGAUAUACCGAUCCAAGUUCGUUAAGAAAACAUGUUAAACAACACAAUGACAAAACUAGAACUCCAGGAAAAAGAGGAGGGAGAAAAGCACGAAGCAAAACUACUAAAAACAAAAAAGAGCUGUUAGCUGCAGGAGUAACAUUUCCUUCAUCAAUGAUUCCACUUAGUACCGAGACUAAUGGAGAUUUAUUGAACAAUAGUUUACCAGAAACAACUACAGCUUAUCCCUUUGACUUUAACAAUAUUUCAAAUGCUAAUGUUUUUAAGUUCAGCGAAGCUACAUUCGGAGAAAAAGAUUUGAUAAUACCAAAUUUUGUCGACACUUUAAAACCAGUAAUUUUCAAUAGUUAGGAUAACAUAUCUAUCGAACAUAUAUUUUAUCACGAUUUUGACGAAAUCUUUUUUAUAGCGGAUAUAUAAACCACGGAUAUAUAAACUUAAAACCAGAAAAAUAAACGACAGACUUUCCUACAGUUUAAGACUUAGAGUUUUAAAACAUUUACGAUGUAUCACUGGGAAAUAGUAAUGGAUGGGUAUAUUAAUUUGACAAUUGUUGAACAAACUAUAUUUGUAAAUAGGAUUUGUAUGUAUUUUUUCUUCAUUUAUCAUCAUUUAUCAUAAUAUCCUUAAUGAAAACUAGCUAUAUAUUAAAGAUACGAAUUUUAAACUGUAAA